AGCUUGGGGCUGGGCGAGCAGAGCGACUUAGUUCUGCAUUUACUUAUAGGGUGGCGCUAUUGGAUGCAUUCCCCAUAAGCGUGUUCACGCAACGGGAGACACCGUUUGAAAGGGAAUGCUCCGGUUACGUUAGUAACCGGAAUGUUUUUGUUUGUGUGUGUGUGUGCAUAGGACUGGUUGAUUCGGUAUGGGUAUUUACCAUCUCCAGAAUCUCUAACUGGUCGACUUCAGACCAGGGAGGGUAUUGAAGAAGCUGUCCGUAAAAUGCAGUGUUUUGCGGGUAUUGAAGAGACUGGCAAACUAGAUCAUGCCACUUUAGAACUGAUGGCCAGACCUCGCUGCUCUCUGCCGGACACCAUCAGCUCUGAGGAUCUGUUGAAAGGAAGGAGAAGAGGUAAAGGGAAGCUGAAGAGGAAAUACACUCUGCCAAGAUUGAGCUGGGACAAGGCUGACAUCACCUGGAGCGUGCAAGAGUUUCCCUCUCCUUCCAUGUCUCCCACUUUACAUCAAGGGCUGGUGAGGCUCAUUUUAACCUCUGCCCUCCGAGUAUGGAGUGAUGUCACACCUCUGCGUUUCCACCCUCCUCCAUAUGGCCCAUCACCACAGAUAGACAUCAAAAUCACCUUUGCAAGCAGCUACCAUGAGGAUGGAUAUCCUUUUGAUGGCAGUGGGGGCAAUCUGGCACAUGCAUUCUUCCCAGGAAAGGGAGAUCUUGCUGGUGACACACACUUUGAUGAUGGAGAGAGCUGGAGCUAUGGAGAUUGGAGUAGUGCCACAGAUUUUUUCACAGUCGCAGUUCAUGAGUUUGGUCAUGCUUUAGGCCUGUUUCACUCAUCCUCCAAUGACUCCAUCAUGAAUCCGUAUUAUCAUGGUCCUGUGGGAGACAUGCACAGUUACUCCUUAUCCCUUGAUGACAGACUGAGAAUACAGGCACUUUAUGGAAAAAGACAAGAUUUUAAACCUUCUCCAUCUGUUGUUGCACCCACAACUCAUCUGUCCCACUCCUCGACCCCAGCUCCUCCAAAUCCUCCCUAUCACCCACCAGCCUCUGCUGAUCGCUGUCAGGGAGGUUAUGAUGCAGUCGCUAAUAUCAGAGGAGAGGUUUUAUUCUUUAGAGGUCCACACUUUUGGAGGGUACAUCAUUCAGGCCCAUUAAUAUCCUUGACUCCAGCUCUGAUCCACAGCUUCUGGAUGGGUUUGCCUCCAGAAACAGCCAGAGUUGAUGCAGUAUAUGAGAGAAGAGAUGGACAUAUUCUCUUCUUUAUUGGUAAUCAGUACUGGGUAUUUAGAGACACAGUGUCCCUCCCUGAGUACCCACGACCACUUUCAGAAUGGGGUUUACGCUCUUCUGCAGGAGGGCUCCCAGAGAGGGUGGAGGCAGUAUUUGUGUGGCCACACAAUGGGAAAACGUAUCUGUUCAGUGGUGGUGAGUACUGGAGGUUUGAUGAGUCGAGAACAGAGAGGAAGCUGGAAGAAGGGUACCCUAAACCAGCAUCCAUCUGGGGGAUGCCCUCUCACCCUGAUGAUAUCAUUGGAUUUGUAGAUGGAGACACUUACUUCUUUAAAGAAUCAAACUACUGGAUUUUAAAAAGAGGUGGCCUGGACCCGGAAUCUGCUUCCCCAAAGUCCAUUGCUAUUGACUGGAUGAAAUGUGAAGGUCACAUUUCAACUCACACACCUGAGAUUCCCAGAAGAGACAAAGAUUGUACUUGUGUCCAGAGUACAGCAGCUAUGAUAUGUGUUUUGUCAUAUGUUAUAUAUCCAGUUAUCACAGGUUGGAUUUUGGUUCUUGUAUUUUACUGAUUCGAUUUAUAUUAUUUGUGUAGUAUUUACGGUGAUUUUUUAAUGUUGUGAUUUUGACUGUGAAGUUAGUGAAAAUGUACUUGAUUUUUACCUAGCAACAAAUUUCUGCCAUCAUUUGGGAUAGGAAAGUGUCCACUGGUUGCACACUUUAGAAUCUCAGCAGAUGUGUAAUCUCGGGAUUGUUUGCCUGUUUCUUGAAUACUGUGUAUUCGGACCUCUUACUCAUGUGACAUACUGCUUUCUACAAGCUAUAUAUGGUAUACAUUAUAGUACAUACUACAUAAAUGGGCAGUGUUUAGAAGUACACUAGUAGAUGCUCUCAAAGCUAAAACACAGUUGACUAAAAGACACAAGACAAUACUUUAAUCAAUAUUUGAAUUGAUAAAAAAAAAAAAAAAUCCAAACGAUGUCAUGUAAUUAUUCUUUCAGUAUUAUACUAGAAUUUAUUAAAUAAUGUAAAAUAAAUCGCAAUGUGUGAGGCUUAUUCUCUCUUUUUUUAUUUUUGUCAAGUUUACAUCCAAAGUAAAUUCAGUCAGAUGCAAGCUGUAUGAUUCCCGCCCCC